AUGGCUGCUCCGUAUGUGGAACAGGAUGUGUCGGCUGUCUCUCAGAUGAUUUCAGCUCUGGAGGCAGCCCGAAAAGACAAACGACAUGGUGGAUUUUCCUGCAAAAAGACUACUUUCAAGAUCAAGUCCUCUCGAGAUGGCAUCGAGGUCGACUCUUGGAGGAUGCAGGACUGGGACUACAAGAAGAAGGGCCUUCCCACAUAUGCCCGCGGCCUGUUUACUACAAAAACCAGCAGAAACGUUCCGGAAAUUGCAGUCAGAGGCUACGACAAAUUCUUCAAUGUCAACGAAGUGAACGAGACCAAAUGGGACGUGGUUCUCAAGAAUACAAAGGGGCCGUACGAGUUGACGCUCAAGGAGAACGGCUGCAUCAUCUUCGUAGCCGGCCUCGAAGACGACACCCUCCUCGUUUGCAGCAAGCAUUCCACUGGCGACCGCAGCGAUGUCGAGCUUAGCCAUGCGCGUGCCGGAGAGAUUCGACUGGAGAAGCAGCUGGCUGCCGUUGGCAAGACCAAAGAGGACCUGGCACGAGAGCUGCGUUCCCGAAACAUCACCGCUGUAGCAGAGCUUUGCGACGACUCGUUUGAAGAGCAUAUUCUGGCCUAUGAGAAUGAUAAAGCUGGACUUUACCUUCACGGCAUUAACCUCAACCUUCCCGAGUUUGCAACCUACCCAAGCAACCUAGUCCAAGAGUUUGCAGACCAAUGGGGGUUCAUCAAGACGGAUCUGCUGGUGAUGGAGGAUGUGAACGAGGUAAAGACAUUCUUGGAGGAUGUGGCCAAGACGGGAUCAUAUUCAGGUCGCGAUGUCGAGGGCUUCGUCAUCCGAUGCAAAAUGUCCCGCAAUCAUACUGCACUGCCCUACCAGGACUGGUUUUUCAAGUUCAAGUUCGAAGAGCCUUAUUUGAUGUACAGACAGUGGCGCGAAUGCACAAAGGCCAUGAUCUCUGGAAAACAACCCAAGUUUAAGAAGCACAUCAAAAUCACCGAGGAAUAUCUCACCUAUGCUAAAAAGCAGCUUGUCGCCAACCCGAAUUUGUCCAAACUCUACAAUCAGAAUCACGGCAUCAUCAAGCUACGAGACGACUUCCUUGCAUACAAAAAUAUCAAGGGAUCAGAUGCCGCCAACCUCGACCUUUUGGAUCGUGUAGUGAUGUCGGAAGUCACCAAAGAUGUGAUCCUGGCACCCAUCGCCACCAUUGGUUGCGGAAAGACUACCUUGGCGCUGGCUCUAAAGCAUCUUUUUGGCUGGGGCCACAUCCAGAACGACAACAUUUCGGGCAAGGGACGGCCGCCGAGGUUUGUCAAGGCCCUCAUGGAUGAGUUGAAGGAGCACCCAGUUGUUUAUGCAGACCGAAACAAUGCACAGAGGCAUGAGAGAAAGCAGCUUAUCGGUGAUGUCAAGGCACAGAAUGUGGAAGCACGAAUCGUAUGCUUGAAUUUCCGACACGAUGAAGAGACAAUUGAUGAGAUCCGCCGGAUCACUCAAGAUCGUGUCAUUGAACGAGGAGAUAACCACCAGACGAUCCAUGCGGCGACUGAUAAGGAUAAAUAUUUGGACGUCAUGGAGGGAUUUAUCAAGCGAUUUGAGGAAUGCAACCCCAAUUCUCCCCCGGACGCAGGCUUCGACCUGGUCAUUGAUCUGGAUCCCACGGCUGGCAGCAGAGUGAACCUGGAAACCCUUGUCAAUGAACUUCAUCUGUCUCUGCCAAACGUACUCAAGGAAGUGCCAAGCCCUGAGAAACUCGACGAGGCCAUGGAGUAUGCGCUUAGCUACACCCCCGACUUUAAACAUACCAUUCCCGAUAGAGGUGGCAAGAAAGACGCCAAGCAAGGACAGCGACAGCAGCAGCAGGCACAGCCAAAGAAGAAGGGGCUCGAGUACAUGUCUGUGCGUGUGGGAACAGAUCAGAUUGACAGGGUCCUUGACAAGGCAUUCAAGGGGGUUGGUCCAGAAAUAUCGCGAUUCUUCUGGCAGCUCAAGAAUACAAGAAGAGUGCAGCGCCAGUUCCACGUCACGCUGAUGCACAAGGCGACGGCGGCCCAGUACCCGGAGCUGUGGAAACGGUAUACCGAGCUUCAUGAUGCUGCAGGUGGUGGUGAUGCUAUCAUGGGCGGAUGCGACGUGUUACUCGAACGGGUUGUUUUUGAUGACCGUAUCAUGGCUAUUGUUGUCCGUCUUUUCGAUGAGGAGAACAAGUGGGAAUGCGUGAAUAAGGUUGCGCACAUCACGGUAGGAACGCGAGAUCCUGCGGUGAAGCCCAAGGAGAGCAACGAUUUGCUGUCCAAGUGGUUGGAAGUUGGCGCCGGUAACGAGGGGAUUCAGGAAGUGGUCUUUGCCGAUAAACCGACGCUCAAGGGACAGGUCAAGGGCGUUACAUAUCGGUGA